CCCCUCGUUCCCCCUCCCCAUCUCUCUCUCUCUCUCUCUCUCUCUCUCUCUCUCUCUCUCAAAUACGAGUUAGGGUUUGGAUUAGGGUUUGGAUUUUAUCCUCCGACGCAUCGCGGUGAGAGAAAGAAGCAGAAGAGGAGAAGAGAGAGGAGGAGGAGGAGCAGCAGCAUCAGCAGCAAUGGCGAAGGAUCUCCAGGUUCUCAACGCGCUCGACCAAGCGAAGACGCAGCUGUACCACUUCACGGCGAUCGUGAUCGCGGGGAUGGGGUUCUUCACGGACGCCUACGACCUCUUCUGCAUCUCGCUCGUGACGAAGCUCCUGGGGCGCAUCUACUACUACGAGCCCAACUCCUCCACCCCCGGCAGCCUCCCCCCCAACGUGGCCGCCGCCGUCAACGGGGUCGCCUUCUGCGGCACGCUGUCCGGCCAGCUGUUCUUCGGGUGGCUCGGCGACAAGAUGGGCCGGAAGAGCGUGUACGGCAUGACGCUGAUGCUGAUGGUCAUCUGCUCCGUCGCCUCGGGGCUGUCCUUCGGGCACACGCCCAAGGGCGUCGUCGCCACCCUCUGCUUCUUCCGCUUCUGGCUCGGCUUCGGCAUCGGCGGCGACUACCCGCUGUCGGCCACCAUCAUGUCCGAGUACGCCAACAAGAAGACCCGCGGCGCCUUCAUCGCCGCCGUCUUCGCCAUGCAGGGCUUCGGCAUCCUGGCCGGCGGGAUCGUGACGCUCAUCAUCUCCGCCGCCUUCAAGGCCCGCUUCGACGCGCCCGCCUACCAGGACGACCCCGCGGGCUCCACCGUCUCGCAGGCCGACUACGUCUGGCGCAUCAUCCUGAUGCUCGGCGCCGCCCCCGCCCUGCUCACCUACUACUGGCGGAUGAAGAUGCCCGAGACCGCCCGCUACACGGCGCUGGUGGCCAAGAACGCCAAGCAGGCGGCCUCCGACAUGUCGAAGGUGCUGCAGGUGGACAUCGUGGAGGAGCCCGAGAAGGUGGAGGAGCUGGUCCGGAGCAGGGAGUUCGGGCUCUUCUCGCGCGAGUUCGUGCGCCGCCACGGGCUCCACCUGCUGGGCACCACGACGACGUGGUUCCUGCUGGACAUCGCCUUCUACAGCCAGAACCUCUUCCAGAAGGACAUCUUCUCGGCGAUCAACUGGAUCCCCAAGGCGAAGACGAUGAGCGCGCUCGAGGAGGUGUACAAGAUCUCGCGCGCGCAGACGCUCAUCGCGCUCUGCGGCACCGUCCCGGGCUACUGGGUCACCGUCCUCCUGAUCGACCGCAUCGGCCGCUUCACCAUCCAGCUCCUCGGCUUCUUCAUGAUGACCGUCUUCAUGCUCGGCCUCGCCGUGCCCUACCACCACUGGACCACGCCCGGCCACCACGCCGGCUUCCUCGUCAUGUACGCCUUCACCUUCUUCUUCGCCAACUUCGGCCCCAACAGCACCACCUUCAUCGUGCCCGCCGAGAUCUUCCCCGCCAGGCUGCGCUCCACCUGCCACGGCAUCUCCGCCGCUGCCGGCAAGGCCGGCGCCAUCGUCGGCGCCUUCGGCUUCCUCUACGCCGCGCAGAACCAGGACAAGGCGCUCGCCGACCCGGGCUACCCCGCCGGAAUUGGCGUCCGGAACUCCCUCUUCGUGCUCGCCGGGAUCAGCUUCCUGGGCCUGCUCUUCACCUUCCUCGUGCCCGAGUCCAAGGGCAAGUCGCUCGAGGAGAUGUCCGGCGAGAACGAGGACGAUGACGACACCGCCUCCGCCGCCCACAACGCCCCCGCCCCCGCCAGCAGCUACACCAGAACCGUUCCCGUCUAGAUCCGAUCCAUGAUGAUCAUCAUGCAUUAAUACCAUAUUAUAAAUGAUGAUAUCGCCUGUUGCAUGCACAGAGCAUCCAAAAUGCAAAAGAAGAAACAUUGCAUUUUAUCCUAAAUGGCAUUAGAGGAUAAAAUGUAUGUCUUUUUUUUAAAGCAAUACAUUUGGCAUGCAAGAGACAAAAGACAUUUUAGUGUUUUUUUUUUUUUUUUCGCUACUAUAUCCUUAGUUAUUAGUAGUAGGUGGUGGUGUUCAUGGGGAUCGAGGGUGAAGAUGAAGAGUUGGGUUGAAUUUAUUACUAAAGCUUAGUCACAGCUAUCUAUGAAGGAAGGGUAAGGGAAUAAUGCCGCAGAGAGAAAUCCACAACCAGUGUUGUGGAUGGCAUGGGAUGGUUUAUAUUUUCAAGUGUAUUCAAUUUCCUUUUCCCUGCUUUGUGUGUAAUUAGUUUUUGUCUCCUGUUUGGAAAAAAAAUAUAAUUAAUUGUCUCAUUUGUGUA